AUGUCCACUCUUGCAACUGUCGAGCCCACGAGCGGCAAAGCGCCUGUCCUCACCGCUGGAGAUUUGACUCCAGCAGUAGCUAUGGACUUCGAAAAUGCUGCCCAGGAUUUCUUCGUGGCCAAAUCUGUCCCUUCCGAGAAACAGGUCGCGCUCAUCCUUCCUGGCAUCAAGGACAUUCGUAUUCGUGAUUGGAUCACAGCCGACCGUGCACGCAUUUCCGCCCUUCCGUUUGCCGAAUUUAUCAAAGAACUUCGUCUCAACUAUCUUCAGAAUGACUGGGAAGACCAGAUCCGGAACGAAAUCCUUACGUCUACACUCGCAAAUUCACGUAAAUCAUUCUGGAAUUGGUCACAGCAACUUCUUAGCUUAAACUGUCUCCUUCGCAACACCCCCUCUGCCCUUGACGAUGCCGCUCUCCGGAACCACCUUGAAGCACACCUAGACGACGAGCUCAAGGAAAAGGUCAAACACAGCGACGCUCGUAACGACAAGACCUUCAAAUCUUGGGUCGCCGCUGUACGUGUCCUCGACGAAUCUCGUACUACCGAGAACAAACGCCAACUCGAUCUUAUCGAAGGUGCGCUCCAGCGCCAGGCGAAACGUCAAGCUACAGAUGCCAACUCGCUUCGUGGGCCCUCCCGUCGUGCCAACACUGCCUCUUCCUCUUCUACGUCGACUACUAGUAACAACCGUCUGGCCCCCCUCACUGAGGGUGAGCGAGCUCUCCUCAAUGAGACAAUUGCGAUUUGGGUUUCCCCACAGCAAAGGGUUACAAAACUCUGA